AUGAACGAAAUUUUACCGGUCAUGGCAUCAGAGGAAGUGAAGCAGAAGAAGGCCGUCGCUGCCGAGGCGUCUGUGAAGAAAGAGAAGAAAGAGAAGAAAGAGAAGAAGGAAAAGAAAAAGGACAAGAAGGAAAAGAAGGAAUCCGCAACAGAGGCCGAUGAUGCAGCUGAUGUGUCCAUGAUGGACGUGGCAGACGUCGAUGUAGAGGUUGACCCAUCGACGCUCAGCCCUAUUGCCUGUCCGCUUGCAUCCGAAGCACUCACGAAAAAAGUGUACAAGACUAUCAGGAAAGCUUCCAAGUCGCGCGGUCAUGUCAAGCGCGGUGUGAAGGAGGUCGUCAAAGGUCUGCGCAAGGGCGAAAAAGGUCUCGUAAUUCUAGCGGGCGACAUUUCGCCUAUUGACAUUUUGUCACACAUUCCUGUGCUUUGCGAGGAUUCUGGAUGUCCAUACGUGUAUGUGGCCUCAAAGGACCAGCUGGGAAAUGCUUCGAGCACGAAGCGGCCGACGAGCUGUGUGAUGAUCGUGCCAGGCGGCGGUAAGAAAGCCGUGGAAAAAGGCGAGACUAAAGUAAAAGAAGACUACCAAGAAGACUACUCUUUUCUGCAUAAGGAAGCGUCGCGAUUGGUUGAGCAGGUGCUUAUGAGCUAA